AUGAUUGGAGACAUCACUUAUAAGAACCCAAAUGUGUCUGGACGCUUUCAGUAUUUAAUGGUUCGUGGUAUCAAAUGGACUACUUCAGAGUCGAGGAAAUUUAGACUCAUUCAUACUCUACUUCCAGUAGUGUACAUGGAGAAAAAUCCCUUUAAAUUGCGAGAUCAAGUAGCUAGCUUUAUCAACCCGUCUAUAUCUUCUUUUUCCGCCUCCUUCUACCCCGUGGUAUUGGAGACUGUGUCGGUCCGAGAAGUAGAGGAACCACCGGAAGCUUCCUUCCCAGUGGCACCCGCACAGGCAGUCCCCCCCAGUGGCUCCCACUCAGUGGCACCCGUCCAGGCAGUCCCCACAGUGGCACCCACCCAAGCAGUCCCCCAGUGGCACACCGGGCAGUCCCCCAGUGGCACCCAGUCCCCCAGUGCACCCGCCGCGGCAGUCACCCCAGGGGCACCCGGCCACGUCCCCAUUGGCACUCACCUCGUCCCCCCAGUGGCACCCGCCCCGGCAAUCCCCCCAGUGGCACCCACCAAGCAGUCCCCCAGUGGCAACCCGCCCGGAGUCCCCAGUGGCACCCACCCAGGCAGUAUACCCCCCAGUUUGGCACCCACCCAGCAGUCCCCCAGGUGGCACCAACCCAGGGCAGUCCCCCCAAUGGCACCCGCCGCGGCAGUUUACGGCAAGGGCACCCGCCAGCAGUCCCAUUGCACUCACCUCGGCAGUCCCCCCCAGUGGCACCAACCCAGGCAGUCCCAAGUGGCCCCGCGCUCGGCCAGUCCCCAGGGCACCCGUUCCCCCAGGCACUGGCAGUCCCCCCAGUGGCACCAUCCGACCGCCCGGCAGUCCCCCCAGUGGCACCCGCCGGCAAUCCCCCAAGUAGCAGUCCCCACCGUGGCACCCACCCAGGCAGUCCCCCAGUGGCACCCAUCGGCAACCCCCAGUCCCCCAGUGGCACCCACCCAGGCAGUUCCCCCCAGUGGCACCCGCCCGGCAGUCCCCCCAGUGCACCCCGCCCAGGCAGUCCCCCAGUGGCACCCAAUCCCCAAUCCCCCAGUGGCACCCACCCCCGGCAAUCCCCCAGUGGCACCCACCCAGGCAAGUCCCCAGUGGCCCCCCCCAGGCAGUCCCCCCCAGUGGCACCACCCGGCAAUCCCCCAGUGCACCCACCCAGGCAGUUCCCCCAGUGGCACCCACCCAGGCAGUUCCCCCACCAGUGGCACCCACCCAGGCAGUCCCCCCAGUGGCAAAUCCCCCAGUGGGCAAGUCCCCCCAGUGGGCACCCGCAGCCCCCAGCACCGUCAGUCCCCCGUGCACCCGCCCAGAGUGGCCACCACCCCCCAGUGGCCACUAGGGCCCCGGCAGUGGCACCCGCCCCGGCAAAUCCCCCAGUGGCACUCGCCCCGGCAGUCCCCCCAGUGGCCCCCACCCCGGCAGUCCCCCCCAGUGGCACUCGCCCCGGCAGUCCCCCAGUGGCCCCCACCCCGGCAGUGUGGCCCCCACCCCGGCAGUCCCCCAGUGGCCCCACCCCGGCAGGUCCCCCCAGUGGCCCCAGGCAGUCCCCCAGUGGCCCCACCCAGUGUGGCCCCCACCGCCGGCAGUCCCCCCAGUGGCCCCCCACCCCGGCAGUUCCCCCCAGUGGCCCCCACUGGGGGGGACUGCCUGAGUGGAUAUCACUUUGGGGGACUGCUGGGUAGGUGCCACUGGGGACUGGGGAGUGCACUGCCGGGUGGCUCCCACCAGGCUGUCCCCCCCAGUAGCUCCAACCCUGGCUGUCCCCCCAGUAGCCCCAGGCUGUUCCUCGGCACCCACCCAGCCAGGCAGUUCCCCCCAGGGGCACCCAUCCAGGCAGUCCCCCAGGCAUCCUCCCAGGCAGUCCCCCCAGUGGUCCCCUCAGUGGCACCCACCCCAGGCAGUCCCCCAGUCCCCCACCCAGGCAGUUCCCCAGUGGCACCCACCACUCAGGUGUCCCCCCAGUGGCUGUUCCCCCCAGUGGCCACCACCCAGGCUGUCCCCAGUGGCCCCACCCCCCCUGUGGCACCCACCAGGCUGUCCCCCUGUGGCAUCCACCCAGACAGUCCCCCAGUGGCACUCGGCCAGACUGUCCCCCCAGUGGCAGUCUCCCCAGUGGUACCCGCCCAGGCUGUCCCCCAGUGGUUUCCCACCCAGGCAGUCCCCACAGUGGCACCCCGCCCAGGCUGUCCCCCAGUGGCACCCGCCCAGGCUGCUCCCCCAGUGGCACCGGCCCAGGCUGUCCCCCCCAGUGGCAGUCCCCCAGUGGCACCCGCCCAGGCUGUCCCCAGUGGCACCCGCCCAGGCUGUCCCUCCAGCGGCACCCGUCCUCCCAGUGGCACCCACCCAGGCAGUUCCCCCCAGUGGCACCCGCCAGGUUGUGGCACCCGCCUAGGCAGUCUCCCCAGUGGCACCCGCCCAGGCUGUCCCCCCAGUGGCACCCACCCAGGCAGUCCCCCAGUGACACCCAUCCCCCAAGUGGAUCCCACCCAGGCAGUCUUUUCAUAUUUUGUUAUAGAAAGGACUAAUGGAAUGCAAAUAUAA